UACAUGCUGCAAAGAACAUUUUAAUGAGAACUAACUUCCUCUGUCCCAAGGCUCAGGCUGGCAUUUUGAUAUUCUGAUACAUGUGGAAUGAUUUCAUAGUUGUACAUACGAUUCGUUUAAUGUUCUGAAUUAUUUGGUUGUAGACAAUAAUAAAUUUAAUUAAGUUACCAAAGCCUUAUCGACUCUCUCCACGAUGGCUGAUUUAGACGAUUUUUUCGCAAAGAAAGAUAAGAAAAGGUCGAAAGGAAAGAAAUUUACAACGGCUGAUGAGGUUGCAAAGAAACUAGAAGAAAGUGGUAAGCGCUCUGAGAAAAUAAAGAAGGAAAAAAUGCAAACAACUAAUGGACAGGAUGGUGAAGAUACAGCAAACGGGAAUCAGGAGGAAGACGAGUGGAAAGAUUUCGAGGAGGAGAAGAAGGACUAUUCGGGCUUGAAAAUUCAAAACCUGACGAUAAUUGAGAACGAAGGAGGCGAAGAUAACGGUGAAGGAGGUAUUGAAGGCGAAGAAGACGACAUGGAGGAGAAUGAAGCAGGAGAAAUGGUGCCGAGGAAAAAAGCAUCGGGGCCCUGGAAGUGUGUGGCACAACCUCAGUCAGAGGAAUCUGAGCUGAAACCAGAGGAAGCAAAAGAAGAAGUGAAAGUGGGAGGUGGUGGAGGGGGUGGAGGAGUACAGGGCAGUUACCUGCCUCCUCAUUUGAGAAACACACAGCACCAUCAUCAGCACUAUCAGCCUCCAACGCAUUCUAGUCCGCGGAUGCUCAAAUCAAAGGCAGCUCCAGAUGUGAUGAAUGAAGAACUUUUCCCCACGCUUUCGGCAGCAAAAUCAGUUGAACCGUCUCUGGGUGCUUGGGGAAAGAAGAGACGCGAUGAUGGAAUUGGAUUCGAAGAAGUACGCAACAGCAAAUCACACUCGUCUCGGUUCUCCGAAACCGCCAAUAGAAUGAACAACUCUGGAAAAUUGUCUCUAGGGAAUAAAUACGGCGCUUUGACCAACGACCAAAGCUGAGUUUACCCAAGUACUGUGUCACUCCAACUACAAAUAACUAUCAAAAGCGUCUAAAAUGUUGAUAACGAGUGAUUUGAGCGAAAAAUCCAUCGACAUUUAUUGCGUACUUGUGCUAUAAUAAUACUCUCGUAUAUUGUUGAAAUAAAUUAUCGAGUUUUAUAUAACAUUUUACUUAUAAAGUUGAAAAUUUUGGUAUUUAGAGAGAAAGAGAGAGCUAUAAUAUUCGUAUUGUAUCAUUCUAACUUCAAAGACUGUUUCAAAAGUGUUGAGUUCACCAGUUGAGAAAGCGAGAUCUUUCUCAUUUGAAAUGGUGGACUUCAAUUGGUCUUUAUGUUUAAUAAUAAUCAAUCAUAAACUUAUUUUCGAAUAGUAUAUACUCUGUAUAUGAAAAUUGGCUUAAGCUAUUUCUAAAGUAAGCAUAGCAAUCUUCUAAAGAAGAGUUAAAUACUGAUAUAUAAUACUGGACUUUGAAAACGCUUACUCUAUGAAUAAUAUGAGAAAUGUGACUUGGGUAAACGCAAUCCGGUGACAGUUGAAAAUCUCAACCAGAUAAAAAUAAUUGAGAAGCUCCUUCACAUAAAAUUCAAACUUCUCAACUAUUUUUAAGUCGUCUUCAAUCUUUUUUUAAAAUGCACCAAUCAAUUUUUUAAAUAAAUUCUUCGGGUCCUAUUUUUUUAGAAAUACUAGAGCUGAUUACUCUAUCCAAAUAGUAUAAGAAUAAAUUGUGAUUUUCGUGACAUAGAGUAAUCAGAUUCUGUCGAAUGUACAACUUUUGUACUUACUUUAUCAACUUCGCCGCUAAGUGACUUGUAUGAAACAGUUUAUUUUAUUGAUGGGCGUUGAUUUGAAUUCGCCAUUAUUUCAUGAUCUUCGAUAAUACUAAUUUAAAGCUUUAUACUCUUGAAAGUCUUCCUUGAUUGUAAUACUAAAAAUAUUUAUAUAACUACGUAAUAUUCUCAAUAUGUUUUUAAUUGAAUUCCUGUUAUAUGUCCGUUCCAUUCAAUGUAUUUAAUCUGUAAAAUUGUUUUUAAGUUACAUAUUAUUUAUCCAUAUAUCAGAAUCAUCAUCGCCAGCCAUAGAGCUCACUAAGUGGAAGACGCGCAUUAACAAAUUAUUAAUGUAUGAUUCAUAUUUACUAACCACCUUUCUUUCCUUGGAAAAUAUAAUUUUUCCUUUCUUCGCUCCAUCUCGUUCCAAUUCUUGAUCAUCAUCGUUAUUUUCUAUUAUUUAUUUACUCUAUCCCUAUGCUAGACUUACUCACUAGAUGCCAUAAAUUAUAUCAUUUUUUUUUGGUUAAAUUAUUUGUUGACGAAGGUUUACUCUCCAAUCUAGUUUAUUUACAUAGUUCAAUAAUUGGUUGAGUAUUGAAGAAUUCCUGAUGAAACCUGGAUAUAUUGUUGUGAGAUAACCAUUAAAUGAAUCUUGAAUCUUUAUACUGUUUGUAACAUAUCAAAAAUAUAUUAAUGUAAUAGUUCAAUGGUAUAAUACUACCAUGUACAAAUAAUGUUUUCCCAUAAAAUAUUAUUUUCUUUGAAAUAGAGUAACAAUAAUUGUAGCAACAUUACAAUAUGUUGGGAAAUUGAGAAUCUUCAUGCUAAGCUGCUCUAAUAACUAUUCAGUUUUGUUCUUGUAUUGUUUAGUAUUGUUCUUGUUUUGUUCAGUUUUGUUCUUGUUUCUUCAUUCUAAUAUUAUGUUUUCUCUACUCAACUGGGAUAUUUCAUAAAUUAUAUUCUAAAUGACCUAUGACGUGUUGAAUUUCCUAAGCAAGUGUAUUUUGUAUAAAUUAUAUCAAACUGUUUCAUUGCCAUACGAAUCGAGUAUUGAAAAAGAGAUUAGAAUAAGGUUAUAGAUGAGAUAGUAUUAGAAUAAGAUUUGAUAUAAUUUGUGCAAAUAUGACAAAAGUUCUGCAAUAUUACUCUAUCACUAUUUUUGCUAGUUUUACCAGAAAUAUAUCCCCAAAAAAUUAAGUUCAGGUCCAUGUUCUAUAAAUUGGUUAUUGGAAUUGCAAUAAAAGAACGUUAUUCUCUUGAUUUGUUGAUUAAUAAUAAUUUGCAAAAUGUAUCAGAAUCUAAAUUGAAUUCAAAGAAGUAUUUGGCUCUUUGUUUGUUAAUUGGGCACAAAUAUCAUUCAACAUUUUAAAAGAGCAUUCAUUUUUAAGCGUCAUGGAAAAUUUUAAAACGAUGAAAACCUUUCAUUAUUUCUUCGAAUAUUCUUAGUUUUUGAAUUGCAUUGUAAGUUAUUGAGAAAAAAAUCAUAAUAUAUAUUCUUAGAUUUUAUGUUUUCCUUAAAUUAAGACAUUUCACAAAAAAGUUUCAAACGAAUAUGUAAAAAUGUUUAAUUUAUAAUUCGACUGAAACAAUAUUGCAAUAAAAAAUGUUCUGUUAUUUCCUGAAAAAAA